AUGAAUUCAUCUUCGUCAAUUGUUGAUGAUAAUCAACCCAGAGGCCCGUCUCGCCGAAUUAGCCAAGAAAAUGUGAGAUUCAAAGGAAGGCCUAUACAAUUAAAAUGCAAUCCUAUAUUCAGAUUCAAUUAUUUUGCCGCUUGCUACAAUACAAACUAUAACAUGGUAAAUGGAGUUCGAUUCCAAAACAUCAAAAGGAAUAAAUUUUAUUAUUGACUUUAUCCGAUUUUUAGAGUUAGGUACUUAUUUCUCCUUAUUAAAAAUAUGCAUUAAAUUUGAUUUAAAAGGCAUUUUUAAUUUUAGAUUUUUUCUCUUCAAAUAAUUAUUUUAAAAUCCGAUGAGGUUAGUGAUUAACCUUUCACUCAGCUUUGUGCCUUUCUUCAACUUUAUAUAGCCCACGACCUGCUUUUAAUAGCCUGGGUUACGCGUUGCUGGAUCAACAUGUGGGAUUAACGCUGCCAAGCCACCCACAAGUUGACAAGUGAAAAAUAUACUGACGCUUGCCAACUCAUGGGCUUAACUUGGCCACUGAUGAGCUAAUCCGUGUAACCCAGGGCGAUUAAAAGCAGGCUCUCGGCUAUAUGACUUAUAAUGCUUUGCGCUAUGUGGUGAAUUUAUGAAAGAGGAUAUAAAAUAUACAAAGAAAAUAGAGGAAAGAUAGAGAACCCCUUUCAGCGAAUGGUCUAUAACCCGGAAAUGUGUGAAAAGUAUAGGUGCAUGAAUAAAUUCUUGGAGAUUUCACCAAAUUACUCUCAAACAGAAGAAAGUAAAGUAUCUCAAAGAGAUGGACGAGUCCAAAUUAUGAUUUAUAAUGAUAAAUUUAAAUCAAUGUUCUAUGGAUUUACCAAAUACAGAUGGAUUCACAUUAUUCAUAUAUGCUUGAGCGUUAGCAUCAUUCUAGCAAAUUAUCUUUUCCUUUAUAGCUUUGUGGAUUUUUAUCCUUCAGGCUUAACCAUUUAA